AUCAAAUCAAAGUAGUCACCUGUCAAAUUAAAGUUGUGCUGUUAGCAGAGAGGGAAGGAGUUAUUCCCCAAUUAUUAUUUUUUGUGCAUUAAAUUAAAGUAAUUGAAACAUUCACAUAAGGUUGUGUCUUAAAAAAUUGUCGAUAUGAAUAAAAUAAUUUCCUUACGAUUUCGAUCAUGUCUGUGCACUGCAAAGAGGAAUUUUUGCGCACCACCUCCAAAUACGCCGAGCUCCGGUUCAGGACCAACUAGUAUGGCUCCAAGAUACAAACCUACUGACUUCCAGAAGUUCAUUUUAGUCUGGACCAAAAAGUACAAAUCUAAGGAAGAGAUCCCAACUUAUGUAUCUGCUGAAAUCAUUGAUAAAUCCCGCAGUCAAGCUAGAAUAAAGAUUGCAAAUGUGCUUAUGUUACUAACAGCACUUGCCAGUUUUGGAGCAAUACUGGCUGGAAAAUCAGCGGCCAAGAGAGGAGAAUCUGUUCACCAAUACAACCUUGAUUGGCACAAAAAAUAUGAAGAAGAGUUUAAAGCUAAGGAAGCUGCUGCUGCUGCCAAAGCAAAUAAAUGAUGUAAGCUUGUUGUGAACUCUGUUUUAUGUAGUCUGUAGUAUAUUCUCAAACACAAAUUGUUUCAUAAUAAAGCUUUAUUAUACACCUUUGAUUAAAAGUUGUUAUUUUUAGAGCAGGUUCUUGUUACAG